AUGUGGGUCGCUGGCCUCUCCCAUGGUGUGGCUGCCAUUGUGACGGAGAUGCAAUGCAACCAGAAGUCGUUCUCUGUGCAGAUUGCGGCCCUGAGAGCCCUCACGGCUAUUUACAGCCAGCAAAUCGACCAAGAGGCGCAAGAUGCCAACAUGGUCGCCAGAACGGCCUGCAUGCGAGUGGUCCUGACCGCCAUGUCCGCGUUUCCCGAAAACGUAAUCGUUUGGACGAGUGCGUGCGGUGCCUUGAGCGCCGUGGCGCAGCAUGGCAUUGACACCACAGUGACGGAGGAGCACCUCUUCCAAUGCCUGCAGGCUGCAACUAAGGCCCUGACGCUUGCCAAGAGCCAAGAGAAUGGUUGGAAUCAGCAGGCCUCCUAUUUGAGAGAGGAGGCCGUGAAAUUGCUGGCUGCAGUUUGUUGCGCUGCGCCCAACGUCGGCUGUUGGCUCCGGCAAAAUUCGGAGACGAUGGAGGCGCAGUUGGGCGAGACCAUGGAGAUUGCCGUGUCGAUCGUUGCCAAGGACAAGGAACAGCGAUUCACCGAGGAGGCACUCAGGAACAACCUGAUGGCCUUGGUGUACGUUGUGGGUCCAGAAGCAGCAAUUGUGAAAUCACUGCGCCAGUGGGGUGCACGAGCAAAUGUUGUUGGCGCAUGUUCGGAUGUGGUGGCUGAAACAAUGCGCCGGCAGCAUGCCUCCAUUUGCGAGGAGCUGAGUCGAGGCCAUGUGCGAGCGGAAUUGGAGAAUGCAGCAAAGGCGCAUGUAGUGGACAUCGACUUGCAACGGCGUGUGCAGCUCGCUCUCGGCUUUCUGGGCCCAGCAUUGAAGUCAUGGGGAGCUUUGUGGGCGGACAGAAGGCGUUGGUUCGCACAAGUCGCCUCCAGGCAGUCGCGGCUUUAA